UAAAGCCCGUGCUCUGCAGGCCCGAGGGGCGAGAGGCCACCACUGCCAUCGAGAGACGACCACCACUGCCAUCGGAGGGGGGGGGGGGCCAGGGUGGAGGUGGCAGCGGGGCCACUGAUGAGGGAGGUGGCAGAAGCGCCAGCAGUGGUGAUGGUGGUGAGGCCUGUGGCCACCCUGAGCCCAGGGGAGCCCCGGGCACCCCCAGAGAGUGUACGUCAGAUCUACAGCGAGCACAACUACUGCCGCCUUGUCCUCUGAAUGGGGAGCACAAACAGGCUGGAACUGCCAUGUCCAGGGCCAGGAGAGAAGAUUUGGCUUCUCAUAGGAAGGAGGAAAACUGCCCACUGCAGAGGGUCCCAGGUGUGCUCGCAAGUGGGCUGGAUGAUGCCUCCCAGCCCCCCAUUGCUCCCACUGGGGACCAGCCAUGCCAGGCUUUACCCUCUCUAUCAUCCCAAACCCUGGUGGUUGACAGAUUAACAGAACACCCUGAGUUGCAUCAAGAUUCUAGAACUCAGUAUGAGUCUGGUACCAUUUCCUGGGAAAUGGAUCAUGAGAAACAAGGAGCCACUGUUGCUCUAGAGAAUAGUCCUGUACAGUCUCUAGUGGGAGAUACAUUAGCAGAAGCAGCUGGCCAGACUGUCAGCAGUAAUCCUACCGUGAAGGAUCCUGUAAACAUGACCCCCAGUUCCACACCUGAAUUAUCACUGACUGGCUCCCUGCAGGACAGACCAUUUGAUGGCAAAUCAGGACUUGGUAACUCAGGCUCAUCCAUGAAGGAAAGUUAUAGUAGACAGACUUUGAGAAGUGAGGCUCUCACUUCUGAUAAUGCUGCUCUUUGGAGUCCCAUUCUGUUGAAUGACAAAGUAGUGAACCGAUCUGAGCCAGAAUCCAGAGAAAAUGUACCAUCUGUGGAGCCUCAGGUUAGGGAAGAAUGGGAGAAAGCACCUCCCCUUAUUGCCAUGUUAUCUGGGGGCGUGGCAGCUGAGGGUGUGGCUCCCCUUGACAGUUGUACUUCACUCUGGACUAUGACACCUCGAGCCAUGGCUGGCACUGACAUGGUAGACAAGCAGGUUCAUGUUGAAAAGCUGAAAACCAGUGGAGGCUCUGAAGCACUGAGUCCUCAUAGUGAAUCCACAGAUACAGCAUCUGACUUUGAAGGCCACCUGACUGAGGAUAGCAGUGAGUCUGACAGUAGUGAAACCACAGUGAAAAAGGAAUCCUUGAUAGAAAAGGAUACCAAGCAUGAUUGGAACCAGUCUACAUCUUUGACCAAGGUUCACAGUGACCUGAGUCUGGUUACAAGGACAGAGGGGGUGGUUACUUCUCAGAGCUGGGUUUCUCGAGUAUGUGCAGUACCCCAGAAGAUCCCAGACUCUCUCCUGCUGGCCAGUAGUGAGUACCAGCCAAGACCUAUGUGCUUGACCAGGCCUGGGGCCACAGUGGAGGCCAAUAACCCACUUGUGAUGCAAUUGCUACAGGGGAACUUGCCCCUAGAGAAGGUUCUUCCUCCAGCCCAUGUUGGCAGCAAGCCAGAAUCCCAACUGCCACUUAUAAAAGAUCAGAGCCAUGGUGGGCCCCUGGCCCUAGGAUCUGUGCAUAAUCCUGGGGCAAAUGGUCACAUGGUUAGCAAAAGCAGUCCUGGUUCUUCAAGAAUGUUAAAGGAUCUUUUGCCUGAGAGAUGUGAAACAAAGAGUCUUGGCAGGGUAGGGGCCACCCAGGCUCCUGGAAUAUCCCAGAAGAUUUCCAAGUUGGCUCCGAGUUUAGACCUCUUACAGCCAGUGACAAAUCUGAUGGCCUCCUCUGGGAAACUGGAAGAAGUGGAUUCCAAAGAGCAGUGCUCUCCCUUUAGUUUUGAAGAAAAGAAGGAUGUCCAGGAUGUAUCCCAGUGCAGUAAUUCAGUUGCUUUAGAUCCAGGAGAUCUCACUACCUCGAGAGCACCUUGUUUCUCAUCUCCAAAUGUUAUCUCUUUUGGUCCAAAGCAGACAUUUGGGGCUCUGAAUAAUGUUGGAGGCCAAGAGAAAAAGCUAUUUGGCCUGAGGAACAUGACUGCAACCAUUCAGUGCUCCAGGCCCACAGACUCAACACUGCUGCCUUCUGAGGUCCCUCCGGUUCUUCCCAAUAGAAAGUUGGGGUUGAACAAAAAAACUGUAUCUGAUGGAGUACAGACUGCAAAAGACUGGGUUCCAAAGCCACCACCUGCUUCUGUUAGCAUCAAGAAUGAAAAGGCUGUGGAGGGUCCUCUUAAGGCAGAUGCAGAGAACAGGAAAGCUGCUGGGCACAGUCCUCUGGAACUGGUGGGUCACCUUCAAGGGAUGCCUUUUGUCAUGGACUUGCCCUUCUGGAAGUUACCCCGAGAGCCAGGGAAAGGGCUCAGUCAGCCUCUAGAGCCUUCUUCCAUUCCCUCCCAACUCAACAUCAAGCAGGCUUUUUAUGGGAAGCUUUCUAAACUCCAGCUGAGUUCCACCAGCUUUAAUUACUCUUCCAGCACACCAACCUUUCCCAAAGGCCUUGCUGGAAGUAUGGUGCAGCUGAGCCACAAAGCAAACUUUGGUGCAAGUCACAGCGUGUCACUCUCCUUGCAGAUGUUCACUGACAGCAGCACAGUGGAAAGUAUCUCGCUCCAAUGUGCGUGCAGCCUGAAAGCCAUGAUCAUGUGCCAAGGCUGUGGUGCAUUCUGUCAUGAUGACUGUAUUGGACCCUCAAAGCUCUGUGUAUUGUGCCUUGUGGUGAGAUAAUAAAUUAUGGCCAUUGGAAAAGUUGUAUAUUUAGUGUGUGUAUUUUGAUAAUGAUGGAUCUUAAAUCUGUAUACAGAAUAUCAUUGCUACAAUAGACUGUCUCUUUAUGCAAGAGCACUGUUGUCUCACCUUAAAUUUAUAGUGCUAAAGCCCUCUGUCAGUGGUUACCUCUCUGGUCUUCAGGAAGGGCUGCCUGGGUGGCAAUCUGGGUUGGUCAAAGUUGGCCAGCCUGAGUCCUCUUGAGACAGAGCUGGCAUGGCAGGGGAGACUGCCUGAGACCCAGAGGGACUUGAAACAGAUCAGAAGGUUGUGUUCUCCACCAAGGGAACUUAUACCCACCUGAACUGAGCAGGAAUGUCAGUCUUCCACUGUCCCCUCCCUGCUGUCUUCUGCUACUUUCAGGAGUUGAUGGUUGGGGAAGAAGCCACAUAAGUUUAAAUUCCCAUCAUUACCUUCCAGGGGGAUCAAGCACCUGCUAACUUCAGGGUCACAUUUAAGUCAUUUACUAGUUGAUGGAGCCAGUUUGACCUUUGCUUCUGUUGCUGCAGCCAGUUUGAAGCAUCCACCAGGCCCACAGGAUUUUUUGAAAGCUUGAAUAGCCCUUCUUGGACAACAGGGUCAGGGAUUGGGAUUGUCUCCUAUGAAAAUACCAUCUGUCAACCUCGUGAGUCAACUGGACAUUUGCAGGUGACUUUGCUUGCCACCUAUCCUGUCUCACUGGACUCAGGGUGGGCAUCUUGAUGCA